UCUAGGGGCCCAAGCGUAAAUGACCGAAACCAUGGGGGACGAGAGCAGAGGGGCCUGAUUCCCGCACCCCACGGCAAGCAAUCCGCGCGCCGGCCGCCACCGCCGCCAACCCCGCAGUUUUCCAUGCCCGAUUCCCGAUUCGGCUGUUCCAUUUCCAUGGCCUUCCUCCCCUCGAGCCCUAGCCCCACCCCAGCCCAGCCCUCCCUCGGCCUUAGCUUGGCGGUGUGACUCUACCGUGGGCGAUGGGCUCCUCGGGGGCGACCACCGCCGCCGCGUCGGCGGCCGUGGUGGCGCUGGCCGUCGCUAACCGCGUGCUCUACAAGCUCGCUCUUGUGCCCCUCAAGGCUUACCCCUUCUUCCUCGCCCAGCUCACCACCUUCGGGUACGUCGCUGUGUACUUCUCGGUACUCUACGCGAGGUACCGCGCGGGGGUGGUGACCCGGGACAUGCUGGCGCUCCCCAAGCGCCGGUUCGCCGCCAUCGGCCUGUUGGAGGCUCUUGGAGUCGCUUCCGGCAUGUCUGCCGGAGCUAUGCUGCCUGGGCCUGCUAUUCCUAUCCUGUCACAGUCAUUCCUGGUGUGGCAGCUUAUCUUCUCUGCCCUGCUUUUGGGAAGGACGUACUCGGUGAGACAAAUCAUUGGUUGCUUCUUAGUAACUUCUGGUGUGAUUCUUGCUGUUGCAAGUGGAGCAAAUGAGGGCCAGUUUCUGUCUGAAGUCAAGUUAAUUUGGCCAGCACUAAUGAUCGCGUCAUCAGCAUUUCAAGCUGGUGCAUCUAUUCUGAAGGAGGCUGUUUUCAUUGAUGGUGCAAAACGCCUUAAGGGGAAGCGGCCAGACAUCUUUGUGGUCAAUUCAUUUGGAUCUGGAUUUCAGGCUCUUUUUGUCUUUCUUCUUCUUCCAUUUCUUUCUAACUUGAGAGGAAUUAAGUUUGCUGAGCUUCCUGCUUAUCUAAAUGGUGGUGCUGAGUGCUUCUUAAAUGUCGGGGAAAGUCCGAUUGAUUGCGGAGGAGCUCCAUUCCUGCCUUUGCUAUUUAUAGUGGUGAAUAUGGCAUUCAAUAUCGCACUCCUCAAUUUGGUGAAGAUGUCUUCUGCCCUUGUUGCUUCCCUUACAGCAACUUUAGCAGUGCCAAUAUCAAUCUACAUCCUUUCGCUUCCUUUGCCCUACAUCCCUCAUGGCGCAGAGUUAAGCACUUCGUUCAUCGUAGGUGCUGUGGUAUUGCUGAUGGGUCUAAUUGUCUAUAACCUUCCCCGAUCGUCCCCUAAACAAUCAAAGGCUGAUUGAAUCUAAAGUGAUGCCGCCAGAUGUUAUGUUACAGAAAUUUUACUGAUUGAAGUUGCAAGUAGUGAAAGAGACUUCCACUCUGAACUAUAUGGACCUUAUAACAGAUUCAAAUUUGUAAAUAUGUUUGAUACUGAAAUGAAGAUUGCUUCACAGCUAGAGGGGCAAGCAACACUUGUAUGUAGUAGCACCAUGAAUACUUACGCUGUAGUCUGCAAGUGC